UUUGGUUGACCGGCUACGGGUCUUUCCUCCUUUUCCUCAUCCCUGAGAGGCUGACGCCAAGAUGAAUGACACCGUUACAGUCAGAACCCGGAAGUUUAUGACAAACCGGCUGCUUCAAAGGAAGCAAAUGGUUGUCGAUGUCCUCCAUCCGGGCAAAGCUACAGUCCCUAAGACUGAGAUCAGGGAGAAGCUGGCCAAAAUGUACAAAACUACGCCCGACGUAGUAUUUGUGUUUGGCUUCAGGACCCAGUUCGGUGGCGGCAAGACGACAGGUUUCGCUAUGGUGUACGAUUCUCUCGACUACGCUAAGAAGAACGAGCCCAAGCACAGACUGGCCAGGCACGGUCUCUAUGAGAAGAAGAAGUCCUCCAGAAAACAGCGCAAGGAACGCAAGAACAGAAUGAAGAAAGUACGAGGCACCAAGAAAGCCAGUGUGGGUGCUGCUGGCAAAAAGAAGAAAUGAGGUCUUACAGUGAGCCCAGGGAAUCAGGGAUGGUCCUCGUGCUCAAGAUGUUCUUGUAUAUUGUCAUCAAAUAAAAAUGUUUGGAAAAAAGUCACUGUCCUCUUCAUGUCUUGGAUAGAGCAAGUAUGUUUGUACCAUCAUUUGAAGUGUCCCUUGACAUAAUUUGUCUUAACUGCAAAUGUAAUAAACGUAUGAUCUAAAUAUAUCCCCGAUAGCAAAUAUUCA